AUGCUUGUGCCUUUGCAGAUGUCCUGGCACCCUCUGUACCGCAGCUCCAAAUUCCGGCACGUCUACGGCAAGGCUGCCAACAAGGACAAAUGCUACGACUGCGUGCCCAUCACCCUCAGCGUCCACGAUAACCACUUCUGCGCCGUCAACCCCCACUUCAUUGCAGUAGUGACGGAGUGCGCCGGCGGCGGAGCCUUCCUUGUGAUCCCCAUUCACCAGACCGGCAAACUUGACCCACAUUAUCCCAAAAUAUGUGGGCAUAAAGGGAAUGUUCUGGACAUCAAGUGGAACCCAUUCAAUGACUUCGUAAUAGCUUCGUGUUCAGAAGAUGCCACUGUUAAAAUCUGGGACAUUCCCAAGCACUUCCUGACAAGAAACAUCACCAGUCCGAACAAGGAACUUCUUGGUCACACACGAAGAGUUGGCCUCAUUGAGUGGCAUCCGACUGCCAGUAACAUCCUCUUCAGCUCUGGCUAUGACUACAAGAUAAUGAUCUGGAACCUCGACACCGAAAAACCUGUCCUGUCAAACCCCGUGAAGAUCCUUGACAUUCACAAAGAUGUGAUCCUCUCCAUGUCAUUCAACACAGAUGGCAGCCUCCUUGCCACAGCCUGCCGGGACAGAAAUAUUCGUCUGAUAGACCCUCGUGCAGGAUUAGUCCUACAAGAAGCCAGCUACAAGUCUCACAGAGUCAAUAAAGUUUUGUUUCUUGGAAGCAUGGGAAAGCUGCUCUCUACUGGAACAUCUCGGUGGAAUAACAGGCAGAUUGCAUUAUGGGAUCAAAAUGACCUUUCUGUGCCUUUAACGGAGGAAGAUCUGGAUGGCUCCUCAGGGAUCCUGUUUCCCUUCUACGACUCAGACACACACAUGCUUUACAUUGUGGGAAAGGGUGAUGGAAAUAUACGGUACUACGAGAUAAGCCCUGAGAAACCAUACCUGAACUACUUGAUGGAAUACCGUUCUCCUUUACCACAGAAGGGAAUUGGAAUAAUGCCAAAGAGAGGCCUUGAAGUGUCAGCCUGUGAGAUUUUCCGUUUCUACAAACUGAUCCCAACUAAAAAUCUGGUUCAGCCCAUCUCCAUGAUUGUGCCUCGACGGUCGGAGUCAUACCAGGAAGACAUCUACCCUUUGACCACUGGAGCCCAGCCAGCCCUGACAGCACAAGAGUGGCUGCACGGAGUUAACAAAGGGCCUCUGCUGGUGUCCUUGAGACCAGGCUCUGGAGCGGUGAAUUCCUUGCCGCAAUUUGUUGAGCCCGAGCCAUUCCUGAAACCUACAGCCCCAAGCCAAAGCCAGGACUGGGGAGGAAGGAGCCCACUGGAUAAGAGGCAGAAGCAAAGUGAGGUCCAAGACAGCAGGAACCAGCUAAAUGUGGAAGAGACGUGGCUGAAAAAAGAGCAAAUGCGCCUCUCCAAUGGCUUUGACAUAUUUGAGUGUCCACCACCAAAAACUGAAAAUGAGCUUUUGCAGAUGUUUUACCGACAACAGGAAGAGAUACGGAGACUACGUGAGCUGGUAAACCAGAGAGAUAUCCAAAUUAAACAGCUGGAUCUGGAGCUCAAAAACAUCUGCAAGGAAGUAGGCAUGUGCUGAGGGCAGUGGCCUCCACACCGCUGGCAACUGCACCAGACUCCAGUUCCUGCGGAAAACUUUUUUUACUUUUUUUUUCUUUGUCAUCGUUUUUUGAUUUUUUUUUUCUUUUUGCUGGGGGAAAGACUGAUGUUUCAGGCAACAGUGCUUCUCUGGCUCGUGGUGGUCCCAUUCCCCUAUCCGUCACCAGGCAGUCACCGACGGACUUGCCACACUUCCUCAGGGUCCUCCUCGCUUGCCCAUCCGCUCGCGUCAGAAGCUGACAUGUUAAAGCUAGUGUCAGCUUUGGGAAAUCUGGGUUUUGUCCUGAAGAAGCAAACAGUUAGAGCUCUGAUGUCCUGUUUGC